AAGAAAUCACUUUUUUAAACAGACUUUUAUUGCUUUGUUUUGCAGAAAGGGAUUGGGUGAGAUCUUGUUUACGGCCAAUCCAAUAUUUCAAGAUACAAUUCUUCAAGUGUGCUCGAUUUGUCAAUCAACAUGUGAAUUAUCUUCGCAGUGUGAAUCACUCGUUAAUUUUUCUGUCAAUCAGACAUAUACUCUAAAAGAAUUUUGUGAAGCACAAUCAAAAGAAUGUGCGAAUGUUAAAGAAGUAUUACUAAAACAUCGGGAAACCAUUGCGGAUAUUGUUUUCAACAUGUGUGAGCAAUAUUUCACAAGUUGUGUUAACAAAAUUGACUGUGACAUGAAGGAGAUGGAAAGAAACGAAUUAUUGCAAGAAGGCGGGCAAAAACAGCAAAAGCAAUAUAAAAACUUUCAAGUAAUUAAAGACAAAUACAAUAUCAUAGAGAGGCUACCACCUAAGCAACCAAGUGUGCUUCAUGGAAAAAAGAAAGGUUCAUUUAAAUAUAUCCGUGAUGUUCAUUUAAAAGCAGUUUAUAAAAGACUGCAGUCCUUUAUUCGGAUGAUAGAUUUUGUGGUAUUAAACAUGUUGAGAAAGUUAGUUCUGGCAGCUGUAAAUGUGUUACAUGUGCAAGUGUCUGCUGCAUUUAAUAUGGAAAAGCAGCCAAAUUUAUAUAAUUCAUGUGGAUGGAAAUAUUACAACUCAAAGGAUGUAAUGUCAGUUGUGGGUGUUCAUGGUAAUACCACAAAACCUCUUUUUGAAGUUGAACUGGUUUUAAAAUCAGAAAAUGAUGUUGAAGAAUCAAAAGUUACAUUUGCUGACAAUUUAGACAGCAAAGGACAAUUUUCAUAUAGUGAAAUAAAUCCAUCAUUGCAGGAAUUUGAAUCAGAGCUUACAUUUUUAAUACAUGAAUUGGAAUCAACUGUAUGUGUAUUUGAAAGCUUAACUGAUCAUCAGAAACUUCAAAAGUUUGUCUAUAAACCUAAUAACCACCAUACUUUACAUAUUGACGAAAGGGAAAAGGAAUUCAGUAAAAAAGUAUCUCAAAGAUGGCCUGAUCAAGACUUGAUUUUCGCAAAAGAUCCUCUUUACCAGAGACAAGUAACAGAAUUAAUGAGUAUUAUCAAGAUUGGAAUGGAUAAAGUUCAAAAUUAUGUCAAGGAAUUUGACAUCUUCUGUGACAUGGUGGCUACUUCAAAUUUAAAUGAUGUACGUAACUCAUUUAAAGUAGAGUGGACAACAGAGCAGUUUUAUGCGAUAUUGAAUCAAUAUAACGAACAGAUUGUUAGUAUGGAAAAUAUGUCAAUUUCGGAAAGAAGAACGUUAUUCCUGGUCAAAACAGGUGCCUUUAAAAAGGCUUGUUUACCAUUUCCUGAAAGAAUUAUCAGCAUUGUUAAUGAACAUCUUCCAAAAGUUGCAAAUAGAAAGAAUGAAGCCUUACUAAAUAUUAUAAAAGAUGGUGAACGAAAGCUUUCGGCACCAAUGAAAUCAGUCGAAGAGUUUGUUGAGCAUGUAUCAUAUUUAUCAAAGUUAUCAGAAGACAUUCCUAAAUUGGAAAAGGAAUUUAACAUCAUUUCACGCUUGUUUAUCAUUGCUUUUAACUACAAUGCAGAUUUUAGUGCUGAAGAAAGAGCGUUAUAUCAAACAUUGGCACCAAGUUUUCAACAACUAAAGAGUUUGGUCUUGUAUUGCGAGGCUAUGAAGGAUGAAAAUGUUCGCAAGUUUACCAAAAACUUAGAUGAUAUUGUAGAAAACUUAAAAAAGCAGUUACAUGGUCUAGUUAUUCAAAUUCAAAAUCCAUCGUUAUUAGAUGAAGAUAUUUCCUCUUCAAAUGCAAUUGAAACCAUCCAGUUUUUAAAAGACGACCUUGAGGAGUUAUCAGAAAGUAUCAAACGUUUUGCUGCUUACGAAACAUGUUUAUCCAAUGCAAUGUCUGCUAGUAAAAAACGAGCUGCCUACGUAUCUACAUAUAUCUCAAUUAAACCAGUUUCCAAAGUUGCUGAUUUACAGAAUGAAAUAUCAAUUGCAGAAAAAGAUUUAAUGUUGCGGAAAUUGUUAUGGGAGUCUAUUGAGGAAUGGAACACAUUACAUCAUAAAUGGUGUGCUACAGCAUUUUCUUUACUUGAUGUCAACAGUUUACAAAAAGAAGUUACAAGAUUUGUACAAGCUGUCUAUCUGUUAGAAAAAGGCCUGGCGGCGAACUCAUUGGUUUCAAAUUUGAAGAAUGACAUUAUGAUUUUCCAAAAAGGAAUGCCUAUUAUAAGUAGCUUGAGAAAUCCGACAUUAAAGGAAAGGCACUGGGUAAAAAUCAACAGCUCCAUUGGAUUUGUUAUCAAAGAUGAAGACCACAUUACUUUAGGUCAAGUGUUGAACUUGGAAGUGUACGAACAUGAAGAACUAAUCUCUGAGAUCUCAAUGCAAGCUAGUAACGAAGCUACUUUGGAACAAAUGUUAAACAAAGUAAAAGAUUAUUGGAAAAGUGCAGAUUUGGAAUUACUUGCACAUACCAACAGAGAUGUGGCCAUACUGACUGGUAUAGACGACAUCUUAACUUCAUUGGAUGACAGUAUGGUGACACUUGCAAAUAUCAGAGGGUCAAGAUUUUGUUUGUCAUUACUGCCUCAGAUAAUUGAAUGGGAUCAGAAAUUAAAUUUAUUCUUGAGAACAUUUGAAGAAUGGAUUUUAGUUCAACGUAACUGGCUAUAUCUUGAGUCAGUUUUUGCUGCAGCUGACAUUCAAAGACAACUUCCUAAUGAGGCAAAACUAUUUUCACAAGUUGAUAAAAAUUGGCGUGACAUAAUGAGGCGUACAAUUGAUCGUCCAAAUGCUUUAGCAGCAGCAACUUCUGCUGGUUUACUAGAUGUAUUGCAAGCAUGUAAUUCAAACUUAGAGAAGAUACACAGAUCAUUAGAGGAGUACUUGGACACGAAAAGACUUGUGUUUUCAAGAUUUUACUUUCUCAGUAAUGACGAGCUUCUAGAUAUUCUUGCUAACAGCAAGGAUGUAACAGCUGUGCAACCAUAUUUGUUGAAAUGCUUUGGUAACAUCAAGAAAUUAAAUUUUGAUGUAAAACAGAAAGCACCAUUUCCAAUUGCUGGUAUGACAUCUAAUGAAGGAGAAUAUGUAGAUCUUCCUGAUUCACUAAAGGCUCGUGGACAAGUUGAACAAUGGCUUGUGAGUGUGGAGAAUGUCAUGUUCGAUACUGUCAAAUCCCAACUCAAAAAAUCAAUUCCUGAAUUUGAUCAUGAAAACUUCAUGGAAUGGGUGCUUGAAAAUUACGGUCAAAUAGCUUUAAUUACUUUGCAAUUAGUAUUUUCAUCAGAUGUUAACAAAGCACUGCAAUGUGAUGCAGUUGCACCUAAGUUAAGAGAGGUAGCUGGCCAAGUCAUGGUAAAGUUAGAUAAUAUGGCAGAAUGUGUCAAGAAGACUCUACCAGAAAACCAAAGAAAUCUUGCAGUGGCACUUAUUAUUAAUUUAGUGCAUGAUCGAGAUAUCAUCAACAAUCUGGUUAGCUUUAGUGUUGAUUCUUCUGAUGACUUCCAGUGGAUUAAGCAGUUGAGAUAUCGUUGGGAUGAACAAGCAAAUGAUUGUUUUGUUGAGCAGUCUAUAUCUUCUAUGUUGUAUGGUUACGAAUACUUAGGUUGCUCUCCACGACUUGUAAUCACUCCUCUUACGGAUAGGUGUUAUUUAACCUUAACCAGCGCACUCCACUUUCACUUGGGUGGGGCACCAUCAGGCCCAGCAGGAACUGGUAAAUCUGAAACUGUGAAAGAUUUGGCAAAAGCAAUGGGAAAACAAUGUAUUGUAUUUAACUGUUCAGAAGGAAUAGAUUUCCGAAUGAUUGGUAGAUUUUUAUCUGGAAUUUCCCAGUCUGGUUCUUGGUGCUGUUUUGAUGAGUUUAAUCGAAUUGAUUGCGAAGUAUUAUCUGUUGUUGCACAGCAGCUCCACAACAUUAAAUCAGCUAAGAUGGCUGCUUCCAUACGAUUUAUGUUUGAAGGACGAGACAUCAAGUUAAAUCCAACCUCGGGUGUUUUUAUUACAAUGAACCCUGGUUAUACAGGUAGAGUGGAAUUGCCUGAUAACUUGAAGUCAAUGUUUCGUCCAGUUUCAAUGGUCACACCUGAUAAUACAACAAUUGCUGAAAUUAUCUUAUUUUCAAAUGGAUUUUCCACGGCAGAAGUAUUAUCACGAAAGUUGAUUAAUAUUUAUGAACUAGCAAAAAAUCAGCUGUCAGAACAACAUCAUUAUGAUUUUGGUUUGAGAGCAAUAAAAGCUGUUUUGACCAUGGCUGGAGAACAUAACAGAAAAUCAAUGCACAAUGUGCCAUCAUUACAAUCUAGCAGCGAAGAAGCCAUUUUGAUUCAAGCUAUUCGUGACUCAAAUUCACCAAAACUUGUUUACGAAGAUUUAAAGUUAUUUCAACAAUUUCUUGAAGAUGUUUUUCCAGAAGCUGCAGUCGCUGUGGAGGAGAGUCCAACUUUGGAGAAACACGUAAAUAUAGCAUUGAGGGAAUUGUCGUUGCAAAAAUGGCCAUCUCAGAUACAGAAAGUUAUCCAAUUUCAUAACACUUUGAAAAUUAGACACGGCGUCAUGUUGGUUGGACCUACUGCUGGUGGAAAAACAACCGUUCGGAAUUUGCUGCGACGUGCAUUGAUCAUACAAGAGGGUGGGAGCAGAAAUGAUCUCGAUAACCCGAAACAUGCAGAUGAAGUGUAUAAGGAGAAUACAACGUCCUCUGUUGUCAAAAUGGUGACAAUCAAUCCAAAAUCAGUUACCAUUGAAGAACUGUACGGCCAGUUUGAUUCUAAUACUACAGAAUGGACGGAUGGCUUGUUAUCUUCCACUGUUCGUCAAUUUGUCGCACACAACACCGAUACUCCAAAAACUCAAAAAAGUCCCUUCACAUUUAAGAAUGUAUUUUCUCAAGCAGCUGCUGCCGUCACAUCUAAUCCUUUAAAUCUUGAAUGUCUCCACCAAUGGAUUGUUCUCGAUGGACCAGUCGAUACAUUGUGGGUUGAAAACCUAAAUACAUUGCUUGAUGACACCAAGCUUCUGUGCUUAGCGAAUGGUGAAAGAAUCAGUCUGCUACCAAACAUGCGAGUUAUAUUUGAAGUGGAUAGUUUAGCAGAAGCUUCACCCGCCACUAUAAGCAGAUGUGGAAUGAUAUAUUUGGAUCCAUUUGAAUUGGGGUGGCAACCUCGCGUUAAAUGUUGGCUACAUAAAAUUCGCGACCUGAAAGUACCACAAGAUGGGAGAGAUUAUUUGUGGUCUAUGUUUGCAACCACCGUGGAGCCAGGGUUAAGAUUUUUACAACAAAAUGAUCACUAUCGCUUAAUUGAUGUUCAACCACUUGGGAUCGUCAACCUUUUGUGUAAUCUUCUCGAGGGUUUUAUUAGACAUGUCAGCAACGAAGGAGGCUUUGAUCAAAAUGAUAACGAUGAUAUAAAGGAGGAGGGUGAAUUACAAGAAGACAAAUACGCGCUUGGGUUUUCGAUUUUACUUUAUAAUAAAAAGAGUAGUAAUAAUAAAGAAAAGAAGAAAAACCCGUUGAAGGAAAAGCCUGGUUUUUUGUUUCCACUAUUGACAAAAGUUUAUUUGUUCUGUUACAUGUGGGCGUUUGGUGGACAUUUCCAUUGCCUUUCAGAAGAAGCCGAGGAAAUUAAUAAAAAUUGCUACGUACCAAAUUUUCAAAUGGAUAAUGACGUGAACGCUCGUCAUGUCUUUGAUUUUUUUCUGAGAAAUUUGUUUGAAACUCAUUAUGAUAUGCACCUACCUGGAGGUACCCAUCUUAUGUACUCCUACUAUGUAGACCUGGACAAGGGUCAAUUUCUUCUGUGGGAUCACCUUGUCAUUAAUGCAACACUGCGCUUUGAGGAAGAACUUGCUCAGUCUUCACUUAACACUGAUAAAUUAUAUAGUGAAGAUCACGUGAUCCCUACGCCGCAUACUCUCUGCUACAGUUUCCUCGUAGCGUUAUUAUGUGUCAACGAACAUCCAGUGUUAUUGAGUGGUACAACUGGAACAGGUAAAACAGUACUGUUACAUGAUAUCCUGUCACGCCUCGCUCAACCAGAUGGUUGUUGUGUCAACGCCACGUCUAUACUGGGUACUGUGUUCUCAUGUUAUGAAACAAAGAGAACAAAGGAUACAUUAAGCGGUCUUGUGAUUUCAUUCAGCAGUGAUAGCUUGAGUAAGGUGAUUGUAUCACAGGCGACAUUCUCUGCGUCGACAGAAGCAAAUCAAGCAAGAAAGCUGUUGGAGGCAAAAGUGUCGAAAAGAGGAAGAGAUGGACUUGGUACAAGACAUGGAGAAAAGGUGAUAGCAUUUGUUGAUGAUUUAAAUAUCCCUCUACCUGACCAUUAUGGAGCACAACCUCCACUUGAAGUUUUAAGAGAAUAUCUCGAUCACGGUGGAUUUUAUGAUAUGAAGCAUCUACAUUGGAAGCGUAUUGUUAACGUCACUGUGUUGGCUAGUUGUAGUGUCAAACCUGGAGAAGGAAAGAAAAUGCUGAAUCAGCGUCUUAUACAAAAGUUCAACACAUUGUGUUUGCCUCUUCCAUCUUCGCAAGCUCUCCAUCACAUUUACCACACCCAGUUGAGCCGGCAUAUUGAUUCCAUUGCAUUCUCAACAGAAGUGAGAUCACUCUGCACUGAAAUCGUCUCCACAGUCCUGGCAAUCUACCAUGAGAUUUCCGUCACAUUGAAACCAACUCCUGUUAAAAGUCAUUAUUUGUUCAACCUGAGAGAUAUUUCUAAGAUUAUUAAUGGUUUGCUUAACGCCCAUCCUUCAGUUAUUAAAAUAAGAAAUAAUUUUAUGGAAUUACUCAUCCAUGAAGUAUCGCGUGUGUUUUUGGAUCGAUUAGUGACAGAAAAUGAUCGAGAUUUUUUUCACCAAACCAUGCUGGAUCAACUUUAUAAUUUUUUGAAAACAAAAUGGAGUAAGGAAGAGUUAUCCGACAAUUGCGCCGUGUUCGGUGAUUAUUUUGAGACGAAUGUUCCAAAGCAGAAACGAGUAUAUACUUGUGUUCGUGAUAAAAAGAAGUUGAUGCAAAUUAUUGAGGAUUAUAACGACAGAGGAAGUUUAGCGGGUAAACAACUUCCUAACGACAUGGUAUUGUUUCCAGCCAUGUGUGCGCACAUCAACGCUGCUGCUCGUGUGUUGAGGCAACCAGGGGGUCACUUGUUAUUACUUGGAAUCGGAGGUACUGGAAAGACUUCCGCUAUUAAGUUAGCCAGCUACAUGGAGUUUUGCGAGUUCUUUCAACCAACAGUGACGACAAAUUACACUUUUUCAGAUUUUAAAGACGAUUUAAGAAAAGUUAUGUUAAAAGCAGGGCUGCAGAACAUGAAAGUGGUUUUCUUUAUAAAUGAUAGAAAUAUUGUAAAGGAAUCAUUUGUUGAGGUGAUAUGUGCUGCGUUGACGGCUACCGAUUUAUCUCAAUUUUUUGAUGACGACCAUAAGGAGAAUAUCGUUGCUGAAAUAAACUUAGAUGCUCAUGCGCACAGCGUCGGUAAUACUGGAGAUGCUGUUUUCGAGUUUUUCUUAUCACGUGUGAAACAGAAUCUGCAUGUGGUCUACUCAACCAGUCCUUCUGGUUCAUUGUUUCAUAAACGAUGUCAGCUGUAUCCAAGUCUUAUUAAAAAUUGCACUAUUGAUUGGUAUGAAAAAUGGCCGACAGAAGCUCUGUAUGCUGUCGCUAAAACGUACUUGACAAAUAUGCCGACCGGCGUGUGUCGUCUCGUCUCUGACGUGUUAGUGUUUGCUCAUGUCACGACAGAUAAAAUGUGUGAGAAGUUUCAACUUGAAGCAAAUCGGUUUUACCAUGUAACGCCUAAAACAUUUUUAAAUUUCAUCCAACUUUUUAAAAAUGUUUAUGAGAAGAAGGAAGCAAAAGUUACAUACGAACGUGAGAGGCUCGUUUCUGGGUUGAGAAAGUUAGAAGAAACCAAUAAGUUAAUUGAAGAGAUGAAAGUUGAUCUUAUUUUACUGGGACCAAAAUUAUUAGAAAAGGAGAAGGAAACCGAAAAGCUAAUGAAAGAAAUCGCAAACGAUCAGGAACAGUUUAACAAAGUGAAAGCGGUAGUACAACAGGAACAAGAUGUGAUGGAUGAAGAAACAAAAAAAGUAGCAGCUAUAGCGUUGGAAGCACAAACUGACCUUGGCAAAGCACUGCCCCAAUUGGAGUCUGCUAUAGCUGCACUCGACGCGUUAAAUAAAUACGACAUUGGUGAAAUUCGAUCAUAUGCUAAUCCGCCAGCUAUGGUGAUGACUGUGCUCUCCGCCGUCUGUGUGGUGUUAAAUGAGAAACCUGAUUGGUCGACCGCCAAGCUUCUUCUCGCUGAUCCGAACUUUCUGAAAAAGCUAAUCAGUUACAAUCAUGACAACGUGUCGGAUAAAAUUCAAGCAAAAUUGAAAAAAUACACCAAGCAGGCGAGCUUCAAUCCAGCGACUGUCGGAAAGAUUUCGUCAGCGUGCAAGAGCAUGUGUUCGUGGGUGUUGGCGCUGGAAAAUUAUACAAAUGUCUCUCGAAUAGUAAAACCAAAGCAAUUGAAAUGCGAGGAAGCACAAAAAGCGUUAAAGAUUGCACAGGGAGAGCUGCUCAUAAAACAAGACUCGUUGAAAAAAGUUGAAAACCAACUGAAUGAUUUAGAAAGACAUUAUCAAGCAAAUGUCGACCAGUUGACGCAGUUAAGAUGUUCGAAAGAGCUGACUGUUAAAAGAUUGGAAAGUGCUGCAUGUCUUCUUCAAGCUUUAACUAAUGAAAAGGAUAGGUGGAUACAAUCAGUGAAAAAGUUGGAAGAGUAUUCUGCAAAUUUGUUAAGUGAAUCGAUAUUCGCAGCCGCCUCGACAACAUACUUGGGAGCGUUUACACCCUAUUACCGCUCACAAUUCCUCUUGCAGUUAAAAGAAAAGGUUGCGCAACAUAAUCUUAGUUCUAAUAUAAAUGUUGAUUUGCCCCUCGUAAUGGCUGAUCCAGUUGAAAUUCAAAACUGGCGAAAUUCAGGCCUGCCGCAUGAUAGACAUUCGACAGAAAAUGCUUUGUUUACAAAGUUCUCUCAACAGUGGCCGUAUUUUAUCGAUCCACAACAACAAGCUUUGAAAUGGAUAACAGGAAUGGAAAAAGAAAAUUCGGUGAAGAUAAUAAAAGCGGACGAUGUUCACUUAAUGAGAACGUUGGAAAAUGCAAUUCGUCUGGGCGAAGUUGUAAUCAUCCAGAAUGCUCGAGAAAAACUAGAUCCGGCUUUGGAUCCAAUUUUGAAUCGAAAACUAAACAAGCGAGGCAAUCAAUCGGUAAUUUUAAUUAGCGAGACUGAAAUAGAAUACAGCGACUUUUUCAAGUUGUACAUACUAACGGAGAUUGAAAAUCCAAAACUUUUGCCAGAGCUAUGCAUCAAAGUUACCGUUAUCAAUUUUAUCAUAACAAUGGAGGGAUUGACUGACCAAGUACUUUCGAAAGUUGUACAUCAAGAGAAUCCAGAAUUAGAACAGCAACGCAACGCAGUUCUUAAAAUGCUUGUUCAAGAAAAACUUCGCUUGAUAGAAUUGGAAGAUCGUUCAUUAGAUUUGUUACACGGCUCGAAAGGAAAUAUUUUAGAUGAUGAAGAUCUAAUAAAAACAUUAGCUGACAGCAAGCGUGUAGCUGAAGAAAUCAAACUAAAAGUUUUGGCUGCUGAGAACAGCGAAAAAGAGCUGAAAAAAAAGCGCGAAGUUUACUUAGAACUCGCCGAACGAGGUGCUUCGUUAUACUUCGUUGCGUCUGACAUGUCAUCUGUGGACAGCAUGUAUCAAUUUUCAUUAAUAUGGUUUAUGGACUUACUUAUAAAGUGUAUUUCUGAUCCUACAAAGAAAGAAGAGAAUCGGCCUACUAGUGCAAGGUCUCGACUAGACCAAGCGAAAGAAUUCGCCUCAUCCUCAACAUUAUCGAAGACGAAAUUGACAUACCUCUGUUCCAAGGAAGACAACGAUGAAGUGACGUAUAUACGAAUGAUGAAGAAUGUGAUCACAGAAACGUUUUACAAAGUUGUUUCGUAUGCGUUGUUUGCGCGACAUCAACUUUUAUUCGCGUUUCAUUUGACUUUAAAGAUUUUACUUCGUGAACACGAGAAAGGAAGAAAUAAUGACAUCACACGCUCAGAAUAUAAUAUGCUGCUAAAUAGAUCUCAUCAUGAUGAAAUUGAAACCUCUGAAUUCGAAACAGCACAACAUGGUUCAAACGCAUCCAAAGUUGAACGGGCGCUGGUUUUGUUGCCUUCAAUUUCUGCUAUUCAGUGGGAUGAAUGUUUACGAAUGUGUGCUGGACUUCCAUGUUUUUCUGGCUUGUGUGAUCAUAUGAACUCGUUUUACGAAUUGUGGAAUCGUUUCAUGGUGUCAACGAAACCGCUGGAUUUCAUUGAACAUAUGAGUGAAGGUCUUCCAUCUUCAUCUUUUAUACCGAGCCGCUUGACAACAUUCCAAAAGCUACUUCUUGUUAAAGUUUUCCGACCUGAUAAUUUUGUUGUAGCAUGUUCGGCAUUUAUUUUUUCUAUCAUGGGAGAAAAGUUCGUUACGCCUUCUGGUUUCGAUUUACGAGAUUUGUAUGCUGAAUCUAACUGUCGAACACCAUUAAUGUUUAUCUUAUCUCCAGGCUCUGAUCCAUCGUCGCAGUUGAUUCGUUUUGUGAAAGAAGUGCGCGGAAGCCCGUUACACUUGGACAUGAUUUCGUUGGGUCGGUCGCAAGGUUCAAAAGCUGUUGAAACUAUCAAACGUGCGUAUAUGCACAAAGGAAGUUGGGUGUUCCUGCAAAAUUGUCAUUUAGCUCUUUCGUUCAUGCUGGAGUUGGAAGAGAUUGUAAAAGAGAUAUGUGUUCCUGAAGUGUCAGUUAAUCCACAGUUUCGUUUGUGGUUAAGUUCCAAACCACACCCGCGUCUCCCUACUUCAAUAUUACAGUCAUCGAUGAAGGUGACGGUGGAACCUCCUCCUGGCGUAAAAAAUAAUCUUCAAAACGUUUUCGCUGCUGUUGGUGGUGUUGUCACGGAAAGUGUGUUUGAAGACGAGUACAUUCAUGAUAACUGGAAGCAGCUGGUGUAUAGCUCUUGUUUUUUUCAUGCGGUCGUACAGGAGAGAAAGAUGUUUGGUUCUCUGGGCUGGAAUCUCAAUUACGAUUUUGUUUCAGCAGAUUUGGAGGUGGCAGUUAUGACACUUCGCGAUGUACUCUUUAGAAGUAAGAAUAUUCCAUGGAGUGCGCUACAAGUAUUGAUUGGUGAGAUAACAUAUGGUGGACGUGUCACUGAUAAGUGGGAUCUGCGUUGUUUACUAAGUCUGUUGAAGAGAUUUUAUACUCCUGAAUUACUACAAUCUGGCUUCACUCUGUUUCAAUCUGAAGACUACACGCUUCCGGAGAGAGACUUCAGUUUUUUUGAUUGCGUCAGCAUGAUUGACAAGUUUCCAUCUGUAGAUUGUGCACAAAUAUUUGGGAUGAAUGAAAAUGCUAUGUUUGAACGUGGUCGUGAUGAAGGAAUGCAGUUGAUUGACAACCUUCAAUUAAUGAAACCAAAUGCUCAUAUAACAGACAGCGUCAAUUCAAAAGGUUAUAUACAAGACCGGAUUGAGAAUAUAUUGAAUAUGCUUCCCGACAAAUUAGAGGUUGCGCAAUCCAGUUUGAAAACAAUGGAAAGCGCGCAUGCAAAGGUUACCACUUGUGUGUCAAGAUCUCAUAGCAACGUACAGGAAGCAAAAACUCAACUGGUAACCCCGGAAACUCCAAAAAAUUGUAGCGCUCCUCCGUCGGCGUUAUUCAUUGCUUUGGAACAAGAACGUCGAAGGUUUGAUAACUUGUUAGCUAUCAUCAAAACAACUCUCCGAUCAUUAAAACAAGCUUUAAAUGGUAGCAUUUUGAUUAAUGAUGCGCUUGAUCAUAUGUCAUCAGCUAUCGCUCGUAAUGAAGUACCUGUAAUGUGGAAGGAACACGCGUUUAAGUCAAAAAAGAAUUUGUCUUCCUGGAUUUUUAAUUUGAAAAAAAGAAUCGAUUUUGUUAAAAGAUGGUUUGAGAGUAUUACUUGCAACGACUCGGUGUUAUGUCCACUCCCGAGAGCAAUAUGGCUGCCAGGCCUGUUUUAUCCUCGCGGCGUAUUAACUGCAAUUUUACAAACCCAUGGUCGUCAGUUUGGUGUAUCUGUGGACGCACUCACCUACGUAAAUGAAGUUACUGAUGAAGAGUGGACAAAUGAUGAAGUAUGUUCAGAUAAGGAUAUAAAUCCAAACGCUAUCGCUUUUGAAAAGACUGCUCCAACAGCAGAAAAUUGUGUACGUGUGUUUGGUCUCUUUCUUGAUAGUGCAUGCUGGGAUAGAAAGAAUAAAAGGAUAACAAGGGCAACAAUCGGAAGAAAAGUUUCACCUUUGCCUGAAAUAAUUUUCACGCCGCAACAGAAAUCUCAUGAUCUGAGAUCACGUGAUCACCAACUUUACGAAUGUCCUAUCUACCAGACAUCAGAAAGAAGAGAUAACCCUACUUGUCGCUUCAGUGACUACGUCACAUCCGUCAUGUUACCAACCAAUGUACCUUCUGAGGAAUGGGUACUAGGUGGUGUUGGUGUAUUGUGUCAGACAGAUGAUUGAAAUUAUUGUAGCUUGUAAUUAGUAUUAAUUAGUAGCACAUGCUUUUAAUUAUCGUGAUUAUGUUUUUAUAAAUAACCUAUUGCUUGAAAGUUUUAAAAAACUGAUACUAAUGUUCUUGUGAUCUGUUGCAACGAAAACUUGUCUCAUUUUUUUUUUGUGAAAACAUCAAGAAGAAGUUAUUUUGGUUUUAGUUUGAAAAAAAGAGUAUUUAUUUUCCUAACAUGUAGAUAUAUAUAUAUUUUAAAAUAUAUAUUUGUUUGACAGUAAAAAUUGUAUAUUGUUUUACUUGUUUCAGCCUUCCUAAAAUCCAAUUAAUACGUAAUAUUGCCAGCAUUAAACUCCAGCAGCCAUUUUAAUCACAUAUUGUUAAAUGUGAAUUGACCCGUGACAUUAUUACGAUUAUGCUAAUUGCUUUUCUGACAUAAGUUAAUAUCGAUUGUUACUUAAUUAUGCAAAAAGUUCUAAUUACUCCCACACGGAAACGAGGUUACGCCAAGAAAGCUCCGGCGGCCACCGCGGUUUGUUUAAUGGCCGAAAGUGUCGCAACUCUGGUCAACAAAGAAUUACAAUUUUAAUUCUGCGCGACUUCACCAUAAUCCCUUUAAUUAAUACCUUCAGUGGGAAUUAUUAGAGGAAAAGGCAGCUAAGGCCGAUCUCCGUUGUUCUUACAGAAAGGAAAUAAAAAUAUAUAAAAAUAGGUUCUGUACUAUGUUACAAACUCUUUUCAAGUGAAACAUCGCACACCAAAAUCUUCAGUAGUCAUGCCAAGUAAACUGAUUUCAUGCCACGUAAACUGACUUUUGCUGUUUUUUAACUGAUAUGAUAUUGGAUUCGUUUUGUCAAUUGUGAUUUAUAUGUUAUGCGGUUAGCCUCUCUAAUUUUGAGGAAUAUACCCUUAUUAACUGUUUCCAGGAUUGACCACAAACACAGUUCGAGAGUACUUAAAACUCCCAUUUAAUCUAUAGAAACCCUUCUUGAAAUUUCUGCACAACUAUUCAACGGCUUUCUGGGGAUCGAACUCGCGACCUCUUGGACAUAGACGAGCGCUCUAUCGACAGAGCUAUCAAUCACAAGUUGAUACAAAAUUCUAUUAAGAGCGACUGCCUGAUAGAAAAUUGUGCGAUUUCUAAGCCUGCUUAAUUUACCCGUCUUCAUCCAAAAAUGUUUGAUUUGAUCUCGAAUUUUUACCUAAUAUUGUAAUAAAUAAUUUUUCCGUUUAAAAUAAAAGAAUUUGUUUAUAAGAAGUAUAAACGAUGAUGUUAGUGAACACCACAAGAAACUGCGACGUCGGAAUUAAUUUGUUUCUUGUAUCAGGCAUUUCAUUCUAAUAUAUUACUUAAAAAACUUAAAGAUUUUAGUACAGUGUGUAUGCAAAAAAAUGCGCGUGCCAACGCUUCAGCCAACCCAGUAAUCUGUCAGAGCCCUUGAUGCAUAAAUUAUGCAUGAUGUCAUCAUUUUGCUAAGCUUGAUAAUUAAAACUGUUUAUGUGCUUUUAACGGCGCUAUAGCGAAAGAGAAAUUUCCGCCGUUAUGAAGUUUACAAACAUAUAUCUCGAAAAAAAGUUUAAAAGAAAGAAGAAUAAAAACAAAGAAAUACAAUCGUUGAUAGUGAGUAAUAAGGAAAAAUGACCUUUGCUCCUACAAAGCUGUUUAUUUGUUUAUUUGUUGAUGCUGUUUUACUUGAUGCAAACAUUGGAUUUUCCCCAAUUCCAUAUCGAUGCAGAAGCGGGAAGAUAGAAAAUGAGCCUUUACAAGUCUUGUAUUUUUCAAAUCCUGCCACACCAGUCAAUGUGACAAACUUCAACAAUAUUAUAAACAAUCGGACCUCGCACUCAACGGGACAAGGGAGAAUAUCUUGGAAGUGAAAAGAAGCUUGGGUACAACAAGAAUUUGUUCCAGUUCAACUUUAAGUUCGUUUAGAAGGAAAAGUUUUAAUGCACAUUUGAACCCAGCAGAAAAAGCUCGUGUCAACACGAUUGUUUUGCACGAUUUUAAUAGAGAGUUACGUGGAAUGGAUAAAACCACUCUAACAGAAAACUCAAAACGAAUUUUUCACCACAUGAGCAUACAAUUGCGAAACAUCACACGGUCACAGAAAAAAAUAUUUGACGUUCUUCUACUUGAAUGUCAAUAUAGAGUAAAUUUCCAAAACAAAGUUGAAGUACCCUUCGAUACUCUUAAGUGCACUGAUACCAACGCCAGAUUAAAAACGAUAGUUAUCGAAUUGGGGCGCAUAUAUCAUACCAUGAGAAGAGAUGUUGUAAAGAGAAGAUUAUAUUAAGCAGUAGCUUCUCAGGGAAAACUUUCAUCAAAAAUUAUUUCGUUACCUUUCCCUGUUAAAAUAACAUAUAUGUUAUUUAUUUA